CCGCCGGAGGCAGCGCGGCCCCUGAGCGCGGCCGGGACGGACGGCGGAGGGGCGGCGCCGACGGAGCGCGCCGCGGACACCGGGGUCCGGCAGGAGGUCUAGGAGGGUGUCAGUGAUGAGACCAGCUAGCCCAGGAGGUAGCUGAUGGCCACCACCUUGCCCUGAUCAGAAAGAGAGAGAGACACUGAGUCAGGAGAGAAAGGAGAGUGGUCACCAUGAAGCUGAAGCAGCGAGUGGUGCUGCUGGCCAUCCUCCUGGUCAUCUUCAUCUUCACCAAGGUUUUUCUGAUCGACAACCUGGACACCUCAGCAGCCAACCGAGAAGACCAGCGGGCCUUUCACCGCAUGAUGUCAAGCCUCCGCGUGGAGCUGAACCCCCAGCUGGAUCACACGCUGCAGUCGCCUUGGGAGAUUGCCGCACAGUGGGUUGUGCCCCGAGAGGUAUAUCCCGAGGAGACCCCGGAGUUGGGGGCCGUCAUGCACGCGAUGGCCACCAAGAAGAUCAUCAAAGCCGACGUGGGCUAUAAGGGGACUCAGCUGAAAGCCUUGCUGAUUCUGGAAGGAGGGCAGAAAGUCGUCUUCAAACCUAAGCGGUAUAGCCGGGAUUAUGUGGUAGAAGGAGAGCCAUACGCCGGAUAUGAUAGACAUAAUGCAGAAGUAGCAGCCUUUCAUUUGGACAGGAUCUUAGGUUUCCGCCGAGCCCCUCUGGUGGUGGGCAGAUUUGUGAACCUGCGCACAGAGAUCAAACCCAUUGCCACAGAGCAGCUGCUCAGCACCUUCCUAACCCUAGGUAACAACACUUGUUUCUAUGGAAAGUGUUACUAUUGCCGAGAAACAGAGCCAGCCUGUGCAGAUGGAGACAUCAUGGAGGGAUCUGUCACCCUGUGGCUCCCGGACGUCUGGCCACUGCAGAAGCACCGACACCCCUGGGGCAGAACUUACCGAGAGGGCAAGCUGGCCAGGUGGGAAUACGACGAGAGCUACUGUGAAGCUGUGAAGAAGACCUCCCCCUAUGACUCUGGGCCGCGCCUUCUGGACAUCAUCGACACCUCUGUCUUUGACUACCUGAUUGGCAAUGCCGACCGCCAUCACUAUGAGAGCUUUCAAGACGAUGAGGGGGCCAGCAUGCUCAUCCUCCUCGAUAAUGCCAAAAGCUUUGGAAAUCCCUCGCUGGAUGAGAGAAGCAUUCUUGCCCCUCUCUAUCAAUGUUGCAUCAUCCGGGUCUCCACCUGGAACAGGCUGAGCUACCUGAAGAAUGGUGUGCUGAGAUCUGCCUUAAAAUCUGCCAUGUCCCAUGAUCCCAUUUCUCCAGUGCUGUCCGACUCCCACUUGGAUGCUUUGGAUCAACGGCUCAUGAGUAUCUUGGCAACUGUGAAGCAGUGCAUUGACCAGUUUGGAACAGACACCGUGCUGGUGGAGGACAGGAUGACCCUCUCCCACUUGUAAUUUUAUUGGGAAACAGAUGAAACUCCUUUUAACAAAUGAUAGAAAAACAGCACAAGCAAUUCCAAAUGGAAAUGGAUGGAUGGGAAGACUGAAAAAAAGCCGGCAGUAAACAUUGUGCGGGGGUACAGGGUAGCUUUGGGUUUCUUUGGUGUUUUUCCAUAAAGAGCAAAAGCUGUAACCAGAAGCUUUGGGGCAUUCGGGCAUCCCCACGUGGCCUUCUGACUUCCUCUGCAUUGGCCACUGUGAUGGGCCCGAUAGAGGCAGUGGGCAUCGCAGUCCAAUGCUGGUGGACUAAUGCAGCGGAGCGUCAAAUUUGGACAUGAAUCCGGAGAAUGGUCUGGAGAGGCCGUGUGAGUUGGGACCCUACAGGCCUUCCUUCCUUCUUUUCUUCCUUCCUUCCUUCUUUCCUUCCUUCCUUCUUUCCUUCCUUCCUUUCCUUCCUUCCUUCCCACCUUCCCUCCUUCCCUGGCCGCUGUCAGGGGGAAUUUUAGUUCACUCCACGAUGCCGUUUAACCAGCAGUGUGCUGAUUAAGGCAAGUGCAGCCUCUUAAAGAGGUGGCAGCAAGGGUGGCGUGGCGGUGAGGCAAACCGUGCACUAAGUUAAAACAUAGCUAGCACUCCCUAAUGGGGGUGGAAUUGUCUUUUUCCCCAAGUCUCCUUUCAAUAAAGGAGUCUGUGAGGGAGGGUGUGCUGCUCCACUAACCCCACAGAGAGCAGAGGCAGGAAAGCGUUCUGCCCCAGAAGCAGAUCAACUGCAGUGUUGAGGUGGGGGAGUUGUGGUUGCAUUGUAGCACUAGGAACAAUGGCUCAUUCAGUGCCUAAAGACGAAAGCAGGGUCCCCAAAACACUGCAUUUCAGUCCUUCAGGUCCAUAUAGACUAGACUGUUAUUAGGUCCAGAGCAGAAUCAUUGUUCUCAUGAUCAUGUGUCUGAAUUAACCAAAAAUCAUUUUGUGGGCUGCAUAAAAGUUGUCCCCAGUCCAUUCUUAAACUGGUGAGGGGCAGGGGAGGCAGCUGCUUUCAGGACGACCAAGAGCUGACUGCGGAAGAGGAACACGGUUGGUUACUACUGGCCUCUCCCGUCUCCUCCUGUCGGCUUUUUGCUCCCCUGCCAUCCUGGUUCUUGGGAAUGGAGCACUGAGGGGUAGUGAAGCUUCUGGGCUGAAGAAGCUGGCCAGGGUCUGCCUCUUGGACAGGCGGAUAGGUGUGUGGGUCUUCCAGCUGCUGGGUUUUACAGAAAAGGUGUGAAUAUGGUGGAGAGAAGGGUUUCAGUAAAAAUCUCCUGGACUUUCUGAACCUUUACAUUGUGUGCUUUGUGCCAUUUGUAACAUCAAGAUUCGGUGAUUUGGAAAUUGGUUUUGUUCUUUCUCUCCCAUCUCCAUUCUUCUUUCUUCCCAUUAUGUGCUCUUAGCCCACUGUAGAAUAUCCUGGUUCUGCCUCUGGCUUUUGAACCACAGCCGACUUGAAGUUGCUCUAAGCAAGGCUUACUCUUCUCUUCUGGGAAAAGGAGAGCAAUGUGUAAUUACGCGUGGGAGAUGAAUGGGAGAGCCCAACCCCGAGGAGACUAAACGUGUGGCACUUUUGCCUGUGUAUUUGUCCUCCAAGCUCCCUUUCUGCCUCUUGACCUUGAUGCAGAGGAAACCCAGGAGAUAAUGGAGCAGCAAAUGCUGGCCAAUCUGGGCCAGACUGAAGCAAACCAAACUCUUGCAACGGGUUUGGACUUGAGUUUAAAUUUUCUAAGAAUAUGGAAUCACCUGUAAUCUCUUUGCAGUAAUAGGGGAUUUGAACAUACCUGCCUCAGACAUGCAGAAGAAUGGAUUGAGUCACAAAAGGUAUCUUGAGUGUAAGAGUACGACAGUUGUAUGCACAGAAUACUUUAGUUCCUGGAAAGGGAGGAAAAAUGUAUUCCAGUAUCAGGACUCUCUUGACUUAUAUUCAGGGAAAGAUUAAUGGAAGUAUGAGAGUAACCAUGGACUGUGCAUGUCUUAAAAUUUCUCUGAAAGAACUACAGAUACUUAGCAGAAUCUCAGGAGAUCAUCCUCUGUGUGGUAAAUGCUCCCUUGAUAUCGUAUGCAGAUGUGAGAGGAAAGGGAAAAUAUUGGUCAAUGUCUUUUCAGACCCUCCUGCAGUUCUGAAUGGAAGUUUCCCUGAAACAGCAGAUUUCGUUCUGAAUGUGUAAGGCAAAAGACUCACUUUUUAAAGAAGAAGCAGGGGAGAGGUUGUUGAUCACCUUUGUUUCUAGUAAACUGCCUGGGGCUCGGCACAGAUCACAGUUAGAUUAAUAGGUCAUGCUGGAGUUGUACCAAUCGGUGGUUGUGAUAUGUAUUAUCUGGGAGAGGAGAGCAGAACAUGUUCUCAGUUAACACUGGAUUGGAAGGAGUCUUGGAAAAUCUGGCAUAGAGCUCAGCUAUGCAACCCUAAAUUUCAUCAACACCAAGAUCAGUUGGAAGAAAUGCAACUAAAAAAAGGUGAUUUAUGACACUCUGUCCUCUUUCUGAGUGGUUUCAUUUCAACUUCAAACACUAAACUUUGCUCCAAGUCCAUUGAGAGGAGGCUGUUCAGUCAGCCCUGAGGGGUAUGAGCAUCUGCCCAAUCCCAAAUCUAACACUCAGUGGAUUUGGAAUUAUUUAGAUGGGCAGGCAUAUUUUUUAGCAUUUUCCCAAACUGGAAAGAUGGGAUUAGAGGAUGUUCAUAUCUCUACUUUUGAAGCAUCCAUUCUGAAGUUUUGAAAGCUUUCCCCCGCCCCUCCCCCACCCAUUCCAGAAGUGUCAUUACUACAGGGUGUUUUAAGGGUGGAAAAAAAAAUCUGAGUAAUCUUGCCACAUAAACACAUUAAGGAGCCGAACCGGAUUUGCUCAUGGAUCAUUGCAUAAUGCCUCUUUGGUGCCAGAGAGUUAUCCUCUGCUAGUCAGUGUUGCUGGGUAAGUGCCCUGGAUUUCUUCAGAAAAGGCAAAGAAGGAAAGAAAGAGCUAUCCUGUUUGUUGUUAAAAUGAUCAAAUGUCCUGGUCAUUUUAGUCAUAUAUUAGUAGGAAAGAGCACAAGUGAUGGAUAAUAAAGAGCGCCUUUUUCUCCUGAAGUCAGCAUGACUCUUUUAAGGAGGUCAUGUUUUUCCUAAAGUUUCAUAAUAAUAAUGGUAUUUGAUAAGUGCUUACUAUGUGCCAAGCACUGUUCUAAGCACUGAAACCAUUCCCAUCCCAUCCUCCUAGCCCACACGAUCAUUCCCAUGGCCCUAUCCAAAUCUGAGGAACACCAGUGCUUAGCCACAAUUGAAAACAAUUAAGGUAUCCGAGCCCAGAUCAAAAGAGCAUGUUGCUGAAGGCUUCAGCAUUCAGGGAGAAGAGAAUCCCUUCAUUUCCUAAGGGUAUUGAUAGGGAGAACACAAAACUAAUUUGUUGCCAGAGGGGACCUGAACUAUAUUGCUGAAGCACUUGAAGUUAGACUAGUUAAAAUGCAUCUCCUGAGUUCCUGAGCUAGUUAAAUAGAUGAUUUCCUGCCUCCUUGAGGGAGCAAGUAGAUAAUUAGGUGACAGGAGGGUGCCGGGGAAGGGGAGCUACCUGGAAUCAACUCUGCCACAGGCUUUUAAUGAACUGAAGAAUCAUUCAGAAAGCAAAGAGAAAAAUAUUGGGAUGGGGCGGGGGGGCCUGGGGAUAAUUUAUUGAGAAGGUAACUUAUUCACUGUGGCAGCUUGGGAGGGGGAGAAGGUAGGACCCAGCUUCUGUUUUAAGCUGCCAAGGGGGAUUCAUUUUGGAGCUGCUGCACAAAUAGAGGUUGUUCUUGAUCAGAAGAGUUGCCAGCAAGAGCAACAAAAAGCAACCCUAACUUUAUAAAUGGUGUUCCACGGGUUUAAACUCUGAAUCAAGAAAUGUGAAGUGAAUAAAGAUUUUCAUAAGCACUGUU